GAGGAGGAGGGGAGGAGGAGGAGGAGGAGAGGAGGAGGAGGAGGAGGGGGAGAGGGCAUCCCUGUCAUUCUCCCACUGCCAGGCUAACUCACGACCGGAGCGCCUGAUCACAGGAGGAGGAGAAGUUUGAAAGGACAAGGGCGUGAGGAACAACCUGUGAAACAGAGAGAGGGAGCGCAGGGGGGAGGAAAGAGAGAGAACAGUCAAGUUUGGGAUGAGAGGAGGGAAGAGAACGUGAAGAGAGAGAUAGAGAGGGGAACAGAUCUGAGGUCAGGAGAGAGAGAGAGAGAGAGCAGGCGCAGGUAGGCCGGCGGUCGAGCGGUCAGACGGACCCGCUGAUCCACGGGGGAGGAGACGUCACCAUGAGCGACCAGAACGUUGUCAAGGAAGGAUGGGUCCAGAAGAGAGGUGAGUACAUCAAGAACUGGCGACCACGUUACUUCCUGCUGAAAACAGACGGCUCCUUUAUCGGAUACAAGGACAAACCACAGGACUCGGACCUGGCCUACCCACUCAAUAACUUCUCUGUAGCAAAAUGUCAGCUGAUGAAAACGGAGCGACCCAAACCCAACACGUUCAUCAUCCGCUGUCUGCAGUGGACGACCGUCAUCGAGCGGACUUUCCACGUGGACACGCCCGAUGAGAGGGACGAGUGGGCGGAGGCCAUCCAGAUGGUCGCUGAGUCUCUGGCCAAACAGGAGGAGGAGGGAAUCCUGUGUAGCCCCACCUCCCAGAUUGAGAACGUCAACGAGGAGGAGAUGGACACGUCCAUCGGCCACUACAAACGCAAGACUAUGAAUGACUUUGACUACCUGAAGCUUUUGGGCAAAGGCACGUUUGGGAAAGUGAUUCUGGUGAGGGAGAAGGCGAGCGGCACCUACUACGCCAUGAAGAUCCUGAAGAAGGAAGUCAUCAUCGCCAAGGAUGAAGUCGCUCACACGCUCACAGAAAGUCGGGUAUUAAAAAACACACGGCAUCCAUUUCUAACGUCUCUGAAGUACUCGUUCCAGACCAAGGAUCGACUGUGUUUUGUAAUGGAGUACGUCAACGGAGGAGAGCUGUUUUUCCACUUGUCAAGAGAAAGAGUUUUUUCUGAGGACCGCACUCGUUUCUAUGGCGCUGAGAUCGUCUCUGCUCUCGACUACCUACAUUCAGCCAAAAUCGUGUACCGUGAUCUGAAGCUGGAGAACCUCAUGUUGGACAAAGAUGGUCACAUCAAGAUCACAGACUUUGGUCUGUGCAAAGAAGGCAUCACCGACACUGCCACCAUGAAGACGUUCUGUGGAACACCCGAGUACCUGGCUCCUGAGGUGUUGGAGGACAAUGACUAUGGACGCGCGGUGGAUUGGUGGGGCUUGGGCGUGGUGACAUACGAGAUGAUGUGCGGCCGUCUGCCGUUCUACAACCAGGACCACGAGAAGCUGUUUGAACUCAUCCUCAUGGAGGAGAUCAAGUUCCCACGAACGCUGUCGUCCGACGCCAAGUCGCUGCUGUCGGGGCUGCUCAUCAAGGACCCCAACAAACGACUCGGUGGUGGACCAGAUGAUGCCAAGGAGAUCAUGCGACACAGUUACUUCAGCGCGGUGGACUGGCAGGACGUCUACGAUAAGAAGCUGGUCCCACCGUUCCAGCCUCAGGUGAGCUCAGAGACGGACACACGCUACUUUGACGAGGAGUUCACAGCACAGACCAUCACCAUCACUCCGCCAGAGAAAUACGACGAGGACGGGAUGGACGCGGCGGACAACGAGCGAAGGCCUCAUUUCCCGCAGUUCUCGUACUCGGCCAGCGGGCGGGAGUGAGCGAGCGAGCGCUCCGGCCCGGCUUGGCUCGGCCCGGCUCGGCCUGGCCCGGCUCGGCUCGGCUCGGCUCGGCCUGGCCCGGCUCGGCCCGGCUGUGUCGUCCCCAUUCGUGGCCAUUUUGAGGAAAACACGUAGCCAUUUUAGGAAGAGAAAAGCGAAGCAGUGUCCCCUCUCUGGUCCUCUCUCUCUCUCUCUGAGACGUUACAGAGGUUUUUGCACAGUGGGAUCGACUCACGCCGUCGCCCCACACUAAAAAAAAAGUCUCCUACAUUUUCAGUGAAUUUACUGCAGAAGGCAAUGUUUUUGUUAUUUAUUCUUUUCUCUGUCAGUAUUACGUUGUCGACCCAGGUUUCUUCACCUCUUUCUUCUUCUUCAUUUGACUUUUUUGCACUUGGUUUGUAACGAGCCGUUUUAGGGAACAAAAAACCAAAAAUGUUGCCUUACCUGUGCAGACGUUUCGUAUCAUAGUGACAGGGUGAUUUUUCCGG